AUGAUCACCAAAAUCCUGAACGGGUGGCGCAUCUCCUUCUUCUUCAACCUGACGACCUUCAUCGUCCAGCAGCUGGGGCUGUACUACAUCCUCUUCGAGUACAACAAGCUGAUCCUCCUCCUCUGCACCUUCGACAUAUACAUUUUCAUCCACUUCUGCUUCAACAACUCCCAAUCGUUUGCGGCCGUCAAGGGAGGCACUUGCUGGAUUCUUUACGUGUACUCCAUCUCGUUCAAAGUCAUUUUUAUAUACUUCUUCGCCUUCAACGAAAAUGCCUAUUCAGAAGAGACAAACACGGAUUACUAUAACAAAUGCAUUAUCUUUGCCCUCCUCAGUUUGAGCACGCUAAUAUACACGGCUCUGUCUGUGAAGUCGUACAGACAGCUGUACCCAGACGAAAUGACCAUAACGAAUGAACAGAUUUUCCACAACAAUUUAAUCCUCCACGUCGUGAUAGACCUGUUUGACAUAUUCGAGUUGCUUUUCACUCUGGUGAAGCUCUCGUACGUUGUUAAGAACACCAAUUUUUGGAUUAAAAUAAUUGGAGGAGUCUUAAUUUCGUUUUCUCUGUACCUGAAUGCUUAUUCCUUUCCGAUUAUCUCCCUCGUGAAAGAAAAGAACAGAAAGAAUUUGGAUCUCGGCGAUAUUUACUUCUGCAAGAAGCAUGCUGCUGUGAUUGGUAUAAUCCUUGUGGACAUUCCGUUCAUGAUUUUACGCUUUUACUUCCUGGCGUCCUACGUUUCGAACGUACAUUUCCAACCCCUUCUAGUUAAGAACGUGUGUUUCAUCCCGAUCAAGUGCCUUACUAUAAGGCACUGCAAUUUGAUUUUCGAGAGGCUACGUCGAAAUAUAGACCACACGGAUAAUGGCGGUCGAGAGGGAGACACCCUCGCCAUCACGAAACAGAGCAACAGUAAUAAUAACGCGAGCAAGUCGGAUGAUGGCACUCUCAUCAUUCCGUAUGGCUCUCCUGGUGGGAAUAAGACCAGCGUGGUCAAUUGCCCCUCGGGGAGGCUUCUCAACAAAGGAUCCAUCAUGUCGCUGAGCGCCAUGGGGUGCAACAACAACUCGUUGGAUAUUAAGUCGGUGCAGUCGAUGAGGAAUGAGGCGGACAUAAUACCCCCUGGGGAAGCCUCCUGUUCCAGGAAGAAGAAAGUCGCAACCGUCGCUGAUGCCAAGCAGGACGGUGAACCGAUGAGCGGGAGCGCCCAUACCCCAAUCUCCCCCAAUCUCUGCGAAUACUUCGAACACCUAGUGGAGAAUCAAGUAGCCACCUUCCGAAAGCUAAACGUGAAGAAGAACAGAAUAGGGAAGAAGUUUACCAUGAACAAGCUAAUGUAUACGAAUGUAUCGAAUAACGAGAGGUACCAUUGCUACUUGGACGACAGCCUGAAGGUCUCCUACCUCAACCAGAUCCGCCUGAUCAUCCCUUAUGUAACGUACUGCCUGGGAAAAAUAGCAAUGUCCAUAGUGAUAUACUUUUUCUACACAAAGAUAAACAUCCACGAUCUGAAAAUAAUCCUGACACAGUCAGACAUGUAUUUUAAACUCUUCGAACACAACCACAUCAUGUUUAGCGUGGCCUCAUUAAUAAUUCUGGGCAACUCCGUCAUAUCAUUUCUCUGUUCUGUCUUCCUCUCCAGCAUAGUGGAGGUCCUAUUCUUUACUCUUUUCAUCUUCGUAAAGUGCACCUCAGAUUUUCUCUUCCUCCUGCUGCUGGUCUAUAACAACAUUUUUGAGAUUUUUUUGAAGAACCUGAACAAGUCAGAGGAAUACGCGCCAUACUUUUAUCUCCUCUUCGCAGUGAUUCCUUCGUUUAAGAUCAUUAGCAACAUUUACGUCUUUUUGUGUUCCUUGUCCGGCCGGCAAUUCAUCGGCUACAUCAUUCGCCCGUUUAUGAACGAGACCAGCAAGAGUAAGCUCCCCCCUUUUUUGAGCAUAAACGGCAGUGCCGCAGCGAUCACCGGGAUUGGCGCAGAAGCAAUCACCCGGUUGAGUAGUACCUUAGGUGGAGAAGGAACCAACACAGUGGGGUCUUCUCCCCCCAUUCGAUCUCUCCAGACGGACGAACUUAACCUGUUCAAUAACGAAAAGUCCAGUGAUAAGAACAACUUCAAGGGAGACUACAAAGGAUUCAUAUCGAUUGCGUCUCUCCUAAUCUACAUCAACACAAAGCACAUGCACGGAUUGUCCUCCCUCUCGAUACUAAUGAUAGGAAAUAAUUUCAUCAAAAAUCUCAGGCUCAAUUAUAACUUAAAAAACAGCCAUCUCCUGCUCAUCGUUUUAACUCUCUUGACUCGCUUCCUUUUGCUACUCUUUAUCUUCAUGCACCAUAAGUCGAAGAUUCUCAUAGAUGAAUGUGUCCGUAUGUUUUACUUCGGAGUCUCUUCUAUCUUCAUUCUGGAUUUAAUUUUUAAAGCUGGGUACCUUAUUGGCUCUCACAACAUACGGGUGUGCGCUGCGUACAAUUUGCACCUCAAGUCAAUGUACGAGGACGUUUACUACAGCGCCAGGGUCAGGAGCCACGUGCAGAAGAACCACCUCAGGGACCUGCACAGCAAGUACCAGAUGAACCACUUCUACGUGCGCACUAUGCCGCUCUUUUCGGAGCUCGUCUAG